AUGGAAUCGACGAAUGAUUCUAAUUCGGAGCCCGUUUCAAAGCCGCAACUUCUCUACCGCUGCAAAAGAUGCCGAAGGAUCGUUGCCUCGGAGGAAAGCAUAGUUCCACACGAACGAGGGCAAGGUGGGCAAUGUUUUAAGUGGAGAAAAAGGAGUGGGCAUAACGUUGGGGACGAAGAGAGGGAACCCACCCAAUGUUCCUCUAUAUUCGUCGAGCCGUUGAAGUGGAUGCAACCGGUUCAAGACGGAUAUGUCGAAGAGAAGCUUCAGUGUAUAGGGUGUAAAGCUCGAUUGGGUUCGUUUAAUUGGGCAGGUAUGCAAUGCAAUUGUGGAGCUUGGGUGAAUCCUGCUUUUCAGUUGCAUAAGAAUAGGAUAGAUGAGUGCUAUAUGUGA